UUUACAUUAAAACUAAUUCAUUUCCUCAACCUUACAAUAAACUUUUUCUUGAGUUCUUGAAACUAUAACACUUUCUUGAUUUUCUUGAACACAAAUCACCAUACAAUCAACUUUUUCUUGAUUUCUUGAGCUUGAUUGUGACAUAAAAUGAUUUCUACAUGGAAGAAGAGAAGAGCGGCUCGUAGAGCCAUGAAGGAGAUCGAAAACGGGGGCAUCGAGCUAGCCAUACCGAACCAUUUUCGCUGCCCGAUUUCAUUAGAUUUGAUGAAGGAUCCGGUGACUUUAUCGACGGGAAUCACGUAUGAUCGCGAAAGCAUCGAGAAAUGGAUAGAAGGAGGCCGGAACGUGACAUGUCCGAUUACAAAUCAGGUACUUAGAACUCUCGAGCCUAUACCGAAUCAUACGAUACGUAAAAUGAUUCAAGAUUGGUGCGUAGACAAUAAAUCUUACGGAAUUGAAAGAAUUCCUACGCCGAGAAUUCCUAUUAGUUCAAUCGAGGUGUUGGAGAUACAAUCGAAAAUUAGUUCAGCUUCUAAAGACAACGAUCAAGAAAGCUGCAGAAACUCCGUGGUCAAGAUCAAGACGAAAUUGAAAGAAAAUGAAAGAAACAAGAGAACCAUUGUUAGUAACAGUACAUCAACUGUAUUAUCAUCUUCCUUCGUAGAUUUUUCAAGAAACUCAUCAUCUUGGAGUCAAAACGCCGCCGUAUUGGAGGAAAUUCUGUCAUGUUUGACAUUAAUGUUCCCUCUUGAUCAAGAAUCCAAGAAUUUGCUUGGUUCGUCGACUGCAUCUAUGAACUGUUUAGUAUGGUUCUUGAAAAGUGGGGACUUGUCAGCAAGAAGAAACGCGGUUUUAGUUCUUAAAGAAGUCAUUUCUUCAGAUUCAAGAAAAGCCGAAAAUUUAUCAAGAAUCGAAGGAAGUUCCGAAGCGUUAUUCAAGCUGAUUCAAGAACCAAUUUGCCCUACUGCAACAAAAGCUUCACUACUCACAGUUUACGCUAUGGUAACAUCAAAUUCUCAACAUAUUAUUUCAAGAUUCGUCGAAAUGGGAGUCGUUUCGCUUCUCAUCGAAAUGCUCGUAGAUUCCGAAAAAAGCAAAUGCGAAAAGGCAUUAGCCAUUCUUGAUCGAAUAUGCAGCAGCGAUACAGGACGCGAAAAAGCUUACCAACAUUCUUUAACGAUCCCGGUACUCGUGAAGAAGAUACACCGAGUUUCCGAGAUAGCUACGGAGUUUUCGGUGGCUAUUUUAUGGAAACUUUGCAAGAAUGAGAAGAAAAAUAAUGUUGCUGUUGAAGCUCUUCAAGUGGGCGCUUUUCAGAAGCUGUUGCUUCUGUUGCAAGUUGGAUGUGGGGAGAAAACAAAGGAGAAGGCAACUGAGUUGCUUAAGUUGUUGAAUCCUUAUAGGGAGAAAUUGGAAUUAGAGUGUAUUGAUUCUGCAGAUUUUAAGGAUUUAAAAAGGCCAUUUUGAUCUUCAAAAAUUGGAAUUUGAGUGUAGUUUUUAUGUUUUUUUAACAGUUUAAUGUAAGAUAUAUAGUAGUUAAUACAGUACAUGAUUAUACAAAUAAGAUUUACACUCAAUUUUUUUGUAGCAUUUGGAGUGUUAAUUUAAUUAUUUUGGAUUACAAUAAAAUCAUUACAUGUUUGUGACUA